AUGGUUCUAAAGAUCCUACAUCAGGAAAAGAAACAUUCCCUCCAAUUCAAGUUUACAGCUCUUUCCAAAGCAGACACUUUCCCAGAGUUCAGUGCUGGAGCUGUUGCUGAUGGCAGACAGAUCAAACACUACAGUAAUGAAGAAAGAGUCUGGAUUCUGACUGAAGAUGACUGGACUGAAGCUCCUGAAGAACCACCUGAUUCUAGAGACAGGUUCCUACAUCAGUUAAACACUCUGUCAAACUGCACAGACUCUCAGUGUUCUCAGCUCCAUGUUCUUCAGAGAAUGAUUGGUUGUGAACUGGAGAAACUUCCUGAUGGAACGGUGAGUCUGAGAGCAUUUGAUGAAUAUGGAUUUGAUGGAGAGGAUUUUAUGGUCUUUGAUUCUGAAACUCUGCAGUGGAUUGAUAAAAACCCCAAAGCUAAAGAAACCAAAAUGCAUUGGGAUCAGCAAACAGAACGAAACCAAUUCCUCAAGCAAUACCUCAAGAACUGCAUGAACUGGAUCUCCACAUUUAACCACACCAGAAAGA